AUGUCAAGAAGUCAGAUAAUGUCCGAGUCUCGCGAAAAAUAUGCUUGCGACACUUGCCGCUCUCGCAAGGUUGGUUGUUCACGCGAGCGCUCCGGAUGCCAGCGCUGCAAAGUCGAAGGCAUCGUGUGCUUCUAUUCGCGGACGGGCAUCCUCCGCCGCAAUAGAAAGCGCAAGGGCGACGACGUCGAGAGGUCUCGCACACCUGGUGACAGAGCAGCAGCACAAUUCGGCGCACAAUUUGCCGGGCCACGGCGUCUCAUCUUGUACGCAUCGGAUGCCAAUGCCAAUGCCAGUGGACAUGAACGCCUGCAGAAACUUGUUGGCCGGGAUCACCCGUCGCUCAAGGAGCUGGCCUUGCUGCUGGAAGAGUACACGACGAGCUGGCAUGGCGCCUCUGUGUGCGGGAGGCUUUGCAAGGAUGCACAGCCUGACUUCUUUGUCUUUGAUGAGAAGCAGACUCGUUCAUGGGUGGACGAGCUGGAAAUAACUCUUGAGAGGGAAGACAUGCUGCUCAAUUCAGUACCCGCGGAUGUGGUGGAACUUCUCGCAGCAUCGCAGCCUCAUCAAGUACGAGACCGAGCCUGGCUCGUCAUGUUCUACAGCAUCGCGCUGAACGUCGUGUCAUCAACCAAUCCACCAGACGAAGCCACAAAGGCUAAGAUCAGAAGUAAUCUCUGGCUGGCAUUUAACGAUGUCAGGCUACUCCUCGAGCCCAGCGUUGCCAACAUUCAGGCGCUAGUCGUCAUGGCCUGCUACGCCGAAGAGAGCUCAACACCAGAACUCUGCUGGACGUUGGUCAACAAGGCCUGCAGUAUGCUCUUGGCAUUGGGCAUCUACUGGCGCGUCGACCCUCCGACCCGGCAGCGUCGUAUCUUGAUGUUUUGGCGUCUCAACGUUCUGGAUAAGGCCUUGGCUCUGAUGUUGUUCAGACCACCGUCCUUUUCCCGCGAGGUGGUAAAGGACAUGCCGCUCCCGACCCUAGACCAACUCCUACCUGCACAAGCUCCAAGUGCCUCCAGAGGCGGGCCUAUAUUGUUUGCUGCCCAUUACAAGAAUCAGCUGCACCUAUUUUCGCUCAUUGUGGCGGAUGUCUGGCAGUGCUUCUACGGUCAUGAGCUGGACAUGGUUCAAAGGACCAAAGAGAAGCUGGAAUCAUGGCACCAGCGGGCAGUACAGGUUCUCGAGGCUGCUGCGCUGGCGGAGAAGCCACUUCUCUCUGCAACUGAAGCUGCAUCCUUAGAUCAUGACCUUCAGGCAUUGCAGUUCAGAUACUAUUCCCUAUCGAAUUUUCUCACCGCCGUCAACAGAGGCUCGCGGGCGCACUCCUUCCAGUCCGCACGGCACGUCCUCGAGCUCCUACCAAGUCUCGGGCGAACACUGUCUCAUGAUCACCGAAGGAAGCCUUAUGCGUGCCCCCUUUGGAUGUAUGCCCGCGGCUUGAUACCGGCGUUUAGCUCUCUGUGGGUAGAGGUCAUUGUCAAGGGCAGGACAGAACCAAGGCAGGCCGAGGCGUCCUUGGCGGCGCUGGAGCACGUACCGGCAUUUCUUGGCAGGCUGCCCGGGCAGAACACACUCUUGGCAGAGCUGGAGGCCGUCUCUGGAAAGAUUAUCCGCCUUGUGCGGACUACCAUGUAUGAGCGAGGCAAGUUAUUGUCGUCUCGCGCUCUCAUGACUGCCUCUACUGAUAGGGAAAAAGCAGAGCAAUCAAGCGAGCCGGCGCUGGAGACACCCGAGACAGGUCAAACCCGAAGCAGUGAUGCGGAGCAGCAGCUGCAGAGGGAGGUGGCCAGCAGUAGCUCAACAGCAUCGCCAACACUUGUGGCAGGGCUUCCCGCCUACGACGACGUCAACAACGACGUCUUGAGCAUUCUCGGAGAUGGUAACGUUUCGUGGGGCGACGACUUCUUCGACACCACAUUUGACUGGCUUUCUUGGGGUGUCCAUGAGGGUCCCUUGGGUUUCUGA